CCAGUAAAUCCAUCUGUGUGUUGGGCUGGAGAACAGUAGCAAGCAGUAGCAACAGCUCUGUAUGAGGUCUCUACCCCGUGUCUGUCAUUACAAACUGUGAGUAGCUAAUACAAGCUGCGCGCGCUCCGCAUCUCCGCUCAAUCCAGCCCUUUUCACUCAAGGCAUUCUCUGUGCGCACUUUACCAUGUAGCCAGAGCCACAUAGUCGUGGCACCUACAGUUAUUUAUUUUCUUGCGUAGACUCAUUUUCAAUGGUCUCGCUCUUUUUUACAACUUAUUUCAGCAUGAUGGCAAAUUAUCAAAGGUUGGUUAUUUUCAAAUGUGAAUUCAAACGGCAGAGAGCUGUCAAACCUCGUUUCGGCUGAAGGUAUUGGAUAGGUGUUUGAGAAGGUUUCAUGGUGGGAAAUGAAGACCCAUUGAACUCAGUCAAACGGAAUAAAGUUUUACAUUGGAUGAUAUUUUAUCGUUUUUAAAGGUGGGAUGUCAUAGUCAAAGCUCCUUGGAUAUCUGAGAGACAUUGAGGAACCAGAGCCGCCAUGGACUCCUGGGUGUUCCCCUCCUCGCUCCCCAACAUAACCGAAGAGCCCCUGAUGUAUGACAGCUUUAUUCUGGGCAACGAGUCAACGGAACCCAAUGGUACCUAUACUGGUGACAACACGUUCAACCAGACCAGCACCAUGGUCAUCACCUUCCUCUACUUCCUGGUGUGUGGUAUCGGUCUCUGCGGCAAUGCCCUGGUGAUCUACGUCAUCCUGCGCUAUGCCAAGAUGAAGACGGUCACGAAUAUUUACAUCAUGAAUUUGGCGGUUGCAGAUGUUCUGUUCAUGUUGGGGUUACCGUUCAUCGCCAUUCAGCUGGCGCUGGUCCACUGGCCGUUUGGUGCGGUGCUGUGCCGCGUGGUCAUGACCGUGGACUCACUCAACCAGUUCACCUCCAUCUUCUGCCUUAUGGUCAUGAGCAUCGACCGCUACCUGGCCGUGGUGCACCCCAUCCGGUCCACCAAGUGGCGCAAACCACGUAUGGCCAAGACCAUCAACCUGGCGGUGUGGGGGGUGUCGCUCCUGGUCAACCUGCCCAUCAUUAUCUACAGCGGUUUAAUCACCAAGCACAAUAGUUGCUUCUGUACCAUCGUGUGGCCAGAGCCGGAGGAGGCCUACUACACCGCCUUCAUGUUCUACACCUUCGUCCUGGGUUUCUUCCUCCCGCUCAUGGUCAUCUGCCUGUGUUACCUUCUCAUCAUCAUCAAGGUGAAGUCCUCAGGGAUCCGUGUCGGGUCCACUAAGAGGAAGCGCUCGGAGAGGAAGGUGACCCGCAUGGUGUCCAUCGUGGUUGCCGUGUUCGUCUUCUGCUGGCUGCCCUUCUAUGUCUUCAAUGUGACUUCGGUGACAGGAACCAUCUCCACCACACCCUUCCUGAGGAGCACCUUUGCCUUCGUGGUGGUCCUAGGUUACGCCAACUCGUGUGCCAACCCCAUCCUUUACGCGUUCCUGUCAGAGAACUUCAAAAAGAGCUUCCAGAACGUUCUGUGUCGGAAGAAGGUGGGCGGGCUGGAUGUGAUUGAGCGCAGCGAUAGCAAGCAGGACAAGUCUCGUAUGAUGAAUGACCCCACGGAGACUCAAAGCACGCUGCUCAAUGGAGACCAGCAGACCAGCAUUUGAUGCUUGUUUAUUCUAACACAUCCCCUUAUGUGUGAUCUAUACAGACAUCUUUGAUUUCACAUCAAAGCUCCCUCACAAGCUCAUCACACACAAACAAAAACACAAACAAAACGCACACAUGCACACACACGUACAGAAACAAACACACAUGUUUCUGCAGAUGGAAUUGAUCAUCCUGACCUGUUAUCAUGCCCUAUGAACAACUCAUGUAGGGAGAGUGAUUGUAGUUGAUCUCAUGGUGUGAUAUUCUGUAAGCAUUCUCUUCCCCCUUGGAUGAGGUGAAAAAAGGCCAAAGGAACUAAGCCCUCAUGGUGUCUGCUCCUCAACGGCUGUUAUCACCCUCUUCAUGUCUCAUAUUUCUGUUUACAACCUCUCUCUUUACUUUCUAAAAAGACAUACAAUGAUAUGACAGUGGGUUUUCCUGGUCGUAAAACCCAUCAAUUGAAAUAUAGUCAUAAAGGAGAGAAUACUAACUGUAGCUGUUACUUUGCUCUCUGUUUGGGUGGAAAGCUGAAGACGAGUACUGAGUGUAUUGACACUGGGAAGGAGUGGACAGUGACAGGAUCACAUGAGGACCAGAACAGGGUUGUGUUCAUUAGGCCCCAAAAGGAAGAAAAGGGACUGAAACCGGGAAGUGCUACCUGAACUUGUCCAAUAAGAAACAUUUGUUUUCCGCUGCAGAACAUUUUGCCAUGUUGUGUCCUGAUUAAUAAGUCCCAGACCGUUACUUACAGUUACUGAUUGACAUCAGAUGAGACUUAACCAUGGAGAUCAAGGAUUCCCUUCACAUACGUUUACACUAGCAGGGUGAACCUCCAUCUUUUGUCUUUGUCACGUUGUCCUGUAGCCGAGUAAACACCAGACUAGGACUUAAGAAGUAUGCCAAAGUGAGACUAGGACUAUAGCAGACUCAACGUGUGCAAAUUGUCUAUUUACAAAGAUUGUGUGUCCAAAAUGGUGGGCUCUGCAGAAUGUGGAUUUAGUAACAUGCCUCUAUGCUCAGAUACUGUAUUACUUAACACAACUGUGAGCAGGAGACCACAUCACCUCUGGAUCACUAGGCCAAGGUGUGGUUCGGUUGUCUAAUUACUUUCUACAGAGAGAGGAGGAACAGUAGAGAUGCUGGGACUACUUUGAAAUGAUAUAAAAACACAUGAUAUCCCACAUGGCUAAGUCGCUGGCACAAGUCCUGCUGAGACUGAUGCUGUCCAAAUAUGAACACUGUAAAGUCGGUUUAACAUUAUGGUUGACCUUAGUGCUUCUUUUUUUAAGCUCAGAAAGACACAUUUGCUGUGGACAAAUAGUCAGCAGUGAGUCAUGGACCUACAGCUGAACAGAGUUACAGAGUUGGAAUCACACAACCUAAUGAAUGAUGAGUGUGACUGUGUGAAGUCUCCCAAUAACUGUGAAUGCACUCUCACUGUAUAAUUGAACCGUUUCUCUCUCUCUCUCUGUGUGUGUGUAUGUGUGUGAGAGAGUGAGUGUAUGUGUACGUGUGAGAGAGAGAGAGAGUGUGUGUGUGUGUACUGUCCACAGUGUUUUAUUUGAUACAGCAUUCAGUCCAAGGCCAUGAUUAGAAGAAGUAUGGGUACCAAGUAUGGGUACCAGGUGAUCUCAUCUGGAGAAACUCAGUGCCCAAAUGAUUAUUCUAGCCCAGAGUGUUUCUUUGUCAGGUUAUUAUUAUUAUAGCCCAGUGUUUCUUGGUCAGAUCACAUAAUCAGGAAAAGCGUAGAGUUUUACUACAGAGAUGAAUGCUGAAAUGUUGUUAUAUUGAUGGCAUUAGCAUGGCAUCGACCAAGGCUAAUCACUAACCAAACCGCUGCUAGACUGUAUAGACUCAACGUGUGCCGUAAUUGUCAAGUCAACAUUGUCGUGUCGUGGUUGAGAAUAAUUUAAUAUUUUUUUUGUCCAAGCUGAAUAGAACUGUUUGAUAGUUUAGAUAGCAAAGACAAUGCAUUUUUCAAUCACUAUUCUCCAGUCCUAUUUUAAACCAUCCCUUGUCAUGUUUCACGUUAUCCAUAAACUGUUGCUAUUGCUGUUAUGUACAGAAUAAUGUUCAAGAAAGACCCGUCUUUGCUUCAGCUGG